CUCUUCCCCUCUCCUUCCUCUCCUCAGUCCCCACCGAAAGGUGCCACUAUCCCCUACCGCCCCAAGCCUGCCUCCACCCCCAUCAUUUUUUCAGGUGGCCAGGUAAGAGCCGACCCGCUGGGGGCCUCCACUGCCAACCUCAGCCUCUUACUGCAGCACCAGCCACUGCCUGCUUACACCAUUCAGGGACAAUACGCCAUCCCUCACCCUGACCAGUUGACCAAGCUCCACCAGUUGGCUAUGCAGCAAACCCCCUUUAACCCCCUUGGACAGACCACCCCUGCCUUCCCCGCAGGUCUGGAUGCCAGUAACCAGGCCAGUACUCAUGAACUCACCAUUCCCAAUGAUCUAAUAGGCUGCAUAAUCGGGCGCCAGGGAACCAAAAUCAACGAGAUCCGUCAGAUGUCUGGGGCGCAGAUCAAAAUUGCUAACGCCAUGGAAGGGUCAUCGGAGCGCCAGAUCACCAUCACAGGAACCCCCGCCAACAUCAGCCUGGCCCAGUAUCUCAUCAACGCAAGGUUCAGAGACGUGGCGGCCAUGUGGAAUGACCCAUCCUCCAUGACGACAUCCUAAGGACCCAGCCCGGCCGGCCUCCACUCCCUCUGCUCCGCCCCCUCCAUCUCCUGACCACUGAAGACAUGAUGUUCCUACCUAACUCCUGAUGAUGAUGCCCUCUAGACUAAUGAAUCUGGCUCUGAUAACAACUCCAUUGACCCUCCAGCUUACUACCAUGAUCGCUCUCUAAUAAGAGACCUGUUUCUUUCAGAGAAACUGAAAAAAUAAGUAAUGUCUUUGUUUUUGUUGAUUUUAGACCAUUAGACAAGUGUUGAAGCAUGUUGAACGUUCAUUAGGAUCAAAUUGUGUUAUUCUGAAUUAUCUCUCUCUAUCACUCUCUCUGCUAGUGUUACAAAAUAGGAUUUCAAUAUCAGUUUGAAAAAAAUGUACAAAAAAAUGUAAAAGUUUUAAAAAAUUGGAAAAAAAAUGCUACUGUUCCAUUUUCUAGGUGCUGGGUGAUGCUAUCGGCACAGUAAGGUGGGAUGUAGCCCAAUGAUUACUUUAUGAUGCUCUUUUGAAAAGAGGU